AUGGAUCCUAAUGAGACUGCGGAGGAAUCGAGUACUCAGGCGAGUAGUUCGCAGGCCACUAGUCCGCAUCAGCGACAUGCAGAGGCUUCUUCAGCAUCAAGGCCACCGCUGGCCGUACUCCGUCCAAGAGCCCCUUCCGCGUCUUCAGCGAGCAGAGCCCGACGACCAAGCAUUCGCCUCACCCGCCUUCCUUCUACUUCCUCAUUAAAUGUCCUUGAUUCACAAGUUAAUCAAGCCAGUCGCCCACUCGAUAUCAGAUCUCCUGUGCAGGAAGAAGAUGAAUCUUGGCAAGGAAAUCGACGGCGCAGUAACUCCGAACCACGACCAAGCCGAUAUUCUGCUCCUAUCGCAGUCCCCCCUGCACAGGAUGGCCCACGAGUGGCGAAUCCCAUCCAAAUGAGUGUUUUGUCAGAGGAAUCAAGCAAUCCAAACCUGCCACCCUCUGAUCAAGCUCCUGAUGGGUCCGCUCCCACUCUUCAGCCUAAUCCGCGCCGCGGCAUGCUUCGGCGAACCAGCCAAGCAGCGCUAGGACGAUUUACACGAAAUCGCGCAAGCACUGUAAGCGGACCACCAGUCGCUCUUACUGCUCAAAAUGGGCAGCCAUCAAAUGAAAUUGGUUCUCAUGUUGUCGACGUGCUGGACGUGAUUGACCCUGAAGUCUCUGCUCUCUCGACACUCAACAAUGUUCAAAAUUCACUUUUUGUGCCCAACCUGGGUAAUUGGAUUAACCGUAUGCCUACAUAUGCUCUCACGCGGCCACAAUCAGACGAGGAACAAGGUAGUUCGACGGAUGAGGGUGAGGCUGGGAGGGAAGACAAUAGACCUGAGCUUCAAGAGCGGCCAGCCCUGGAUCAAAGGCUCAGCAAUAUCUCGAGUCUGUCACAAGUCGUGACAGAUGGCCCUCGCUACGCAGUUUUGCCCGAUGGUCAAGAGUUGCAAGGAUGGACUCGAGAAGAACUUGCUGAACUGAAUGACCACGUUCGACACAUGCUUCACUCACGUCGAUCCAAGUUCAAGCGGACGAUGCGUGGAUUUGGAAAAUAUGUUCGAAAACCACUGGGCUUCCUUGUUACUCUCUACGCCACUUUGAUUACCCUAUUCGGCCUUGCAUGGGUGCUCUUUUUGAUUGGUUGGAUCAACGUUGCUGGCAAGCAAUCUUAUCUGAUUAAUGUCAUCGACAACGUUCUAGUCGCGUUGUUUGCCAUCAUGGGUGAUGGACUAGCCCCCUUCAGGGCUGUGGACACGUACCAUAUGGCCUACAUCGCCCACUAUUCAUUCAAAACUUGGAAAAUUCGUCAAAGUCGGCAGCUUCCCGACCUCAAAGAUAAAAAUGACAUUCCCGAACAGCGAGUUGACGGUGAUGAUGAUAUCGAGGUCGAAAAAGAGAUAGCAGGAGAGGAAUUUGAGUACUCAGUUCUUAGCCCUGAAGAACAAUCGAAACUGCAGCACCACCAGGCCAAGUUUGCCAAGUCACACACUUUCUACAAACCACAUGAGACUUUUACCCAUCACGCCUUUCCACUUCGCAUGCUCGUUGCCAUUGUGGUCAUCCUCGAUUGUCAUUCCCUGCUUCAGAUGGCUCUUGGUGCCUGCACUUGGAGUAUGGAACCACCGAAAUACCGACCAUUUGCCCUUACCACCGUCAUCCUCUGUUGCUCAAUCACCUGUAAUAUCACAGGUGGUAUUCUGAUCAUGAUCGGUGACCGUAUGGCACGAAAGACGGACGUCGUGGAACGGAUCGCCCGGCAACAGCUGACUGCAGAGGCCAUGCACAAGAUGGAGAAAAGAAAGCUCAAGGAAGAACGCCGAAGUUUGCAGCUUGAACGUCCAGAAACUCACCCUAGCACUUGA